AUGCCCCAAACACUGCCACUCCUUCGAGGCAAGGAGAUCACAUACUUAGAUGCUAAGGAGAAAGAAGAGAAUAUUCUUCAUCAGCUGGGUUACCAUGCAGAACAAACCCGAUUCUUCGCUCAUCUUCGCGACCGACAGGACUGGAUAAGGGCCACUGUUGCUCACCAUCUUGGUUUAUCAUCUGCUGCAUGCCACGUCGCUGAAGAAGAAAACUGGCUCCAUGGCAGCUUUAACGUUUGUAUUCCAGUAAUCAUCGAUGAUUGGAAUAAGAAACGCGUUCUUAUUCGCUUUCCUUUACCGUACCGCAUUGGUGAAGCUUUUAGACCCGGCAAUGGGGACGAGAAGAUUCGAUGCGAAGCAGGAUCCUAUGCAUGGCUGCAAAAACAUUGUCCAGAUGUACCAAUUCCAAGCUUAUAUGGCUUUGCCCUGUCUACUGGUGAAACUUUUACCAGACUUGAGAACCUACCAACCAUCUCUCGAUGCUUUGAGCUUCUCCGUCGACAGGUCCUGUCCUGGUUACGGUUCCCAAUCCCUUCGAGCUACGUUCGCCGACCGGCAAAUAUCACCUUGGACAAAGUUACCAGUGCUGGCUACCUGUUGAUUGAGUUUAUUGAAGAAACGCAAGGGACAAUGCUUUCCAAUACAUGGUUUCAUAGACAAGAUGAUGCCAGAUUGCGGGAAAACAUUUUCCGUAGUCUCUCUCGGAUUUUCCUAAGCAUGAGUCGGAUCGCUUUGCCUAGAGUUGGCUCCUUUAUUAUCGAUAAUAAUGGUCUCUUACAGUUGGUGAAUCGACCUUUAUUGGCAGAGAUGCAGGUAUUGGAAAAUGAAAAUAUUCCAACAGAUAUAUCUCGGGACAGUAUCUAUUCCGCUACUGACUCCUAUAUUAUUGAUUUGCUUUCAGUUCACGACAACCGUUUGAAAUAUCAACCUAACGCUAUUAAUGACCUUGGAGAUCUUGUCUAUCAAUUGUCUGCUUUAAGUGCAAUGCGAACCAUCUUUCCAUCAUUUUUUCAGCGGGGUUUUCGACAUGGACCAUUCAGUUUUACUCUGACAGACCUGCAUCAGAGUAAUAUAUUUGUGGACGCAGAAUGGAAUAUAACCUGUCUUGUUGAUUUAGAAUGGGCAUGCUCUCUACCAAUUGAAAUGCUUAACCCUCCAUAUUGGCUUACGAAUAAGGGUGUGGACCAGCUGGUUUCGACAGAGUACAAUGCCGUUCGAAUAGAACUCAUGGGAAUCCUUGCAGAAGAAGAGAGGAAACUAAGAAAAAAGUCAAGACUGCCCUAUUCACUCUCGGAAGUGAUGAAUCAAACCUGGGAAACAGGAACAUUCUGGUACACACUUGCUCUAUCUACUCCUUCUGGACUGUUCAGCAUUUUCCACAAACAAAUUCGUCAUUUAUUCUGUCCAGACUAUGGUGAGGAGUUUAAUUUGAUAAUGCCUUUUUUUUGGGCAAAGAAUGUAGGAGAUUUUGCUGCUCUGAAGACUUCUGAUAAGACAAAAUACGAUGAGGAUCUUCGACAAGCCUUUGAGGAUGGUUAA